UUUGAUUAUUUGUAUAUAUUUUCAAGUAUUUAAACGAACUUAAAAGUAUCAUAUAUAUUCUGGAUGUUUUACAUAUAUUAAAUCUAAAAAUAAUUAAUAUAUAUAAGUAUAUAAAUCAAUUUUAGAUACCCAAAAUAUUUCGAUUCGGAUCAAAUUAGGUUUCAGUUCUUCAAAUACCAAAAUUUUGAAUAAUCGGAUAUUUAAUCAAUUUCGGUUUGGAUUUGGUACUACUUAUUUGGAUUGAGAUCGGUUCGGUUCUUCGAAUUCGAGUUUUUUACCCAACCCUAAAUAAUGACAUAAAAACAAAUAACAUCAUAUUUUUAAAAAAUGCAUCAGCGCGGAUGCGCUUGUCAAAAUCUAGUUAAUAUAUUGUGGUUAUGUCGCUAUAGUAGCUGUUGCAUUUGCUGAGAACUAAGCUUGACAUUUUUAUUCGGCAUGACUAGUCAGAACUGGAUCCCUCUCAAUUCUUAUGAAUAAUUUGUCGUUAUGAGCUUCCCAGAGAUACCAUAACGUCUAUUAUUACUAAUAAAGAGAGAACUUUGACAUUUAUGUAGUACUGCCUAGUUUGGUUUUUAUAUAUACAUAAUUUUGAAUGCAAAGAGAAAAAAGAGGUUUGAAAUGGAAAUGAAGCGAGCCUAAGGCCAAAUGAUCCCUUAGGUUCAUGACAAUGACUAUCUUCGGCACGCGCAACUUCAAGAGUUGAGAAACUUGUACAUCACUAGGAAAGCUACAUCUCUACAGAGAAGCACCAUUAGAGAGUCUCCUGCAACAACUCAGGAACUGUUUUCAAUGUCUUAGAGAGUAAAUCAGUUUGUGACAAAUCAGUUUCCUUUGGACCCCAUUGAAUAAUAUGGGGAAAGAUAAGCAUUUGCAUAAAGUUUGUAACACAAUCAUUUCAGAGGCAUAAUGUUACACCCCAUAUAACAAGUUUUGUCUAUAAUUAAGGUCAAGAAAAACUAUUAAAUUAAAUUAAAAACAAUGAUCAUAUGUGAACGAAGAAUUUAAAGCUAAGCUCGUGUGUUAGUGGACACAAACUAUAACAGUAAAAAUGAGGAAAUAUUAGUAAAAGGAAUAAUAAUUACCUCGUAGAACAAUAUCUGACGGUGUAGGGACAUUCAAGAAGAUAUGUUUUGAGUGAUUUAUUGAAACCUGAGAGAAAUAAAUGAGUCAAUUUGAUUAACAAGAUUCAGAGUAUAGAGCCUAUGUGCUAUUAAGUUCAAUGAACUAGUGAAUCUUUAAAAUCUUAUAUGAGAGUGAAGGUAAGUCUUUGAAAACAAUGACUGAUCAAGCAUCAAGUCCCAAGUAUUUCAAACGAUAGCGACAAGUGAGUAAUGUGUCUAUAUUGAGGGUUAUAGAACAUAGAAAAGGAAAUUAUCUUAUCAAGCUCUCUUCACGUGGUAAGUGGAGCCAAUUCCUCACCCACUGCACUAUAUAGAAAGUAAGUAAGUAACAUGAGUAAGAAAAGGACUUAAGAUAACGCGAAAAGACAUCUAAAAGACUUAGAAAUUGAGCAGACAAAGUCUAGGAACCAGAAUUGAAGUAGAAGAAGAGGAACCAUCAAGUCUAUUAUCUCAAUGGCUGAGCUUGAAAGUCUCAAACAAAGUGGAACCACUUUAGUAGAAAACAAAGUCACGAGCCGUAUGCAGUAAGGCCCCUCCUCUAAGCCAUGUCUCGGCAUGCGCCACGUGGAUACUAAUAUGAUACGGUAGGAUCAAUAUCUUUGACCGACGCAGUUGACUGAUAGUUACCACUCACCAAAAAACUAACGAUAAUGUAUGAGAAAAAAGAUUGUGGGGUUGGGCAACUUUUGAGACAUCAGAAGAAACUAAUACUGUGGAGAAGAAGGGGAAAAAAGUGAGUGAAAGUAAAUCAGGAGCAGUAAGGUAUAAAGCCCGAACUGUGACUUUUUGUAUGUCACGUACUUUUCAGAACUAUGCUAAAAUAUUGCCUGAAUCAGAUAAUCUAUUGAAACAUGGUAGAGAGGCUAAAAACGUUUUCUUCAAGUACUCAUACUUGUAAGAGAAUCAUGUCUAUUCAGAAACAAUAAAACCCGUGAAUUUGUAUGAAAAGAGAAAACAUAAAUGCACUAGGAAAAAAACCAAAUGUGGUCAACUCAACUAGAAAAGCAUCCUAGUCAAAGGUUACAGCAUCUCCAUGAUCCAUUAUUAUUUUCAUCUUUGUAAUAGCGCUAAAGGUGAAAUUGUUCCAGACCAACUCUAUUUAUUCUUUUAUAAUCAAAAGUGUUAUUUUCCUCUAUAAAUAGGAGAAUAAAUAGCAAUUUUCUAUUUUUUACUCUAUAAUUAAAGAUUGUUGUUUUAGAGAUAUAUAUUGGAACAAAUUCCACCCUUAUUAUAGAGUUUUUCGAUUUUAAAGGUAAAAAUAGCAAAAUACAUUCGAGAUGAUUUAAAAGGUGAGAGGCCACAUAAUCAAAUGCCAUUUGGAACAGAACUGAAGUUACAUGUUAUGUAUGGUUAUGUUAUGGUAAUAAAAAAAAGAUUAUGUUAUAGAGUUCCUCUAUUUUAAAGAUAAAAAAAGAAUUACAUUCGAGAUGAUCUAAAAGGUGAGAGGUCACAUGAUCAAAUGCCGUUCGGAACAGAACUAAAGUUACAUGUUAUGCAUGGUUAUGUUAUGGUAAAAAAAAUGGUUAUGUUAUGUUUUUUUUGUUUGCUAAAACGGUUAUGUUAUGGUUUCGGGCAUGGAGUAAAUAAAAUGUUAUCCAUAUCAAUUUUGAAGAGGAUGACUCCUGAGUGGAUUAAUAGAAAAAUGGAUUUUCUUAACUAGAAGCAAAACAAUAUAUAGAACAAGUGACAAGUAUAUAAAAAUAAAAUAAAAAUUGGACUAUAACUAGCUAGGAUUAAGGCUUUACAUAUUUGAUAUUCAAAAGGCCUUUUGACUACACUCUACAAGAUUGGCUGCAUUAAGAUAAGAAAAGAAAACAACAUAUAAAAAUAUACAAACUGAUUUUUAAAGCUACUACUACACAUGAAUCAUGGAAGUUUUAGACGUUAGAUAGUGUAUAUGCCGAAGUGAAUACCCCCAUGCGUGUAUGAACAAUAUAAACGGAAAGCCCAUCAGAAAGGCCCAAUUGAAUGAAUCCGGGUCCAGCACGGGUCAGCCCGUUUAAAAGAAGUUUAUUUUCUGAUUCAACUUUUCGCUUCUUCUCUGUUUUGCUACUCCCUCUCAAGCUUCUUUCGAUUCAAAAGUCUCUGCUUUAGCUUCUGGGUAUCGACGAGAGUAACGUGAUUCGGAGACUCAAGGUAAGCCUACAAUCCCUUCCUCGAUAAAUCUCCUGAUCGCUAUUGAAGUUCUAAGCUUUAUGGGCGAGCUGUGGAAAUGAAGCUUGAAUGCUAUGCCUGCUAACUGAUCACAUGACCGUACCAUCAAGCUUUGGACAAGCAGUAGCAACGAAGAGGAAGAAGGCGGAGAAACAAUUGACAUAGACUUAUAAUGGUAUCGAUUUGUAAUCUUGUUGUGGAUUAUCCAGACAUUGGAUGAUGAUACAUUUUCUUUGAAAAUUUUGCCAUGACGGUCAACAAGUUUCCCGGAGUACUAUUUGACAACAUGUUAACAAAAAGAAUACAUUGCUAUAUAUUAGGUUUGUACAAGGAACUGAAGUAAUGUUCUGUAUGUGCUGACUUGUCUGAAGAACGGAGAGAUGGGAUCUUGUACCAACCAGAAGAAAGUGUCGAAGUACGAAAUAGAAGGCUCAGGCUAAAGCCUGUCGUAGAAACAAAGCAGAGUAACACAAAAACAAUAUCGAUAAAUUAUUGUCUUUCUAUAAAAUGGUGUUCUUCAUUGGCUCUUCUAGGUUUACUCUCACAACUGAAAAAUAAAUCUUAUAUGUUUUUGUAGCUACCCAAUAACGCAUGUUUUACAUGUUUAGACAUAAUUAUAUAUCAUAUAUAGUGAACGGAACUCAACACCAUCACAUGAAUUCUUUUCAAUAGAAUAAACACACUUGAAGAAGAGUCAAUCAACUAAUACUGUCCACCAUGCAUUCUACGCUGAGAUCAUGAAGGUGUGUGUAUACCAAACAAACCACAUAUGUUUUGAAACGGCGUAUUUUAAAACCAGUUUGAAAAUGACGUUGAUUAGCACGAAACUCGUAGACAUGAUAAAAUUCCCACGUAAAAUUGUUUUGAAAAUUAAUAUUUAAUCUAAACCCAUUAACUCAUCAUAGUGGCAACCAAGUGUAUAUACCAAUACAAAUAAUAAACAAAGGGAAAAGAAAGGCACUACGGUUCCAUUCAGACAAAGGCUGGCGUAUGAAUGUGUGUAUAUAUACACUAAUCUACGGUGGUGCAUAAACAUCAUUGUAUUUUCACCGAUCACAGAAAUUUAAAGAGAGAAAAAUAUGGGAGUGUACUUAGGCAACUAUUGUUUUGUGAUGAUAAUAGUGUUGGUAUUGGGAAAAGAAGUGAGAAGCCAGUCUUUAAAAAAUGGUUAUUAUUCAUCUUCAUGUCCAAGAGCUGAGUCCAUAGUAAGAUCCACUGUUGAAUCUCACUUUGAUUCUGAUCCCACCAUCUCUCCUGGCUUGCUUAGGCUUCAUUUCCAUGACUGUUUUGUCCAGGGUUGUGAUGGAUCGGUUUUAAUCAAAGGAAAAAAAGCGGAGCAAGCCGCUCUAGCUAAUGGUGGUCUUAGAGGGUUCGAAGUGAUAGAUGAUGCGAAAGCACAACUCGAGUUAGAGUGCCCAGGAGUUGUGUCAUGUGCAGAUAUACUUGCACUUGCUGCUCGUGACGCUGUUGACUUGAGUUCUGGACCAAGCUGGCGAGUUCCAACGGGUCGUAAAGACGGUAGAAUUUCGCUGGCAUCGGAAGCAUCGAAUCUACCUUCACCAUUUGACUCCGUUGCUGUUCAAAAGCAAAAGUUCGAAGCUAAAGGGCUGGAUGCUCAUGAUCUAGUUACUCUACUAGGUGCACAUACAAUAGGACAAACGGACUGUCUCUUUUUCCGUUACCGUUUAUACAACUACACGGUGACGGGAAACUCGGACCCAACCAUAAGCCCAUCGUUUCUUACGCAGCUCAAGACUCUUUGUCCUCCCAACGGAGACCCAUCAAAACGUGUUGCUCUUGACAUUGGCAGUCCAUCAAAAUUCGAUGUAAGCUUCUUCAAGAACCUACGAGACGGUAACGGCAUUUUGGAGUCGGACCAACGGCUUUGGUCGGACUCCGAGACAAAUGACGUGGUGAGGAAGUAUGCGAGUACUAUUAGAGGUUUGUUAGGGUUAAGGUUUGAUAAGGAGUUUGGUCAAGCUAUGGUUAAGAUGAGUUCCAUUGAGGUAAAGACAGACGUUGAUGGUGAGGUCAGGAAAGUUUGCUCUAAGAUCAACUAUUGAGUAGAACAUAUAUAAAAAUAUAUAAAUAAUACCAAAUGCAUGGUAGAUGAUCUUGUCGUUAGCAAGGAGUGCUUUGUGUAAAUGUCGACAAGUUCGACCCUCAUGCUUGUAUGUUUAACUUCUCAUCACUGGCCAAAUAAAAUUUUGGACCAAAGGUCUGAAAGUUCAUGUAAUAAAAAUAUAUAGAAAUGUUUUCUCUAGUUUAAAUUUUUAGUUACUGAAUGUUCCAUCAUGUAGAUGGAGUAGUUGUUAUAUGUUUCAAGAAAAACAAAUGCACAAUAAUAUCGAUAUUUUGAAGGAUAAAUCUCAUAGAUAACACUAAAAACUUUU